AAUAAAACUACUACAAAAGAAUCUGUGUUAAUUUUCUGAAAUAAAUACAUACAUAUAUCUUUUUAUAUAUAAGUUAUUCACGCUGAUUUAACCAUUGCACUCAAGAUGUGAUAUAAAUUUACUUCUUUUCACCAGCGGUAAUCAGUAUAUGCAGUGGCAAAAAUCAAUAACAAACCGAAUUUGAGUGGGUUAUGCGUGAUGAGGUUCACGCCAUACUUAAGAAACUACGAGAGAUUCUAGUGGAGUGCGCAAGACGAUUUCCGGUACCAUGUUUUCCAGACAACGAGGGUAAACGUACUGAAAAGUUUGUGUUAAUGGCUGCACAGGAUCAGUUAAAGUGUUCCGUCACGCUCACUGGCGACAGCAUAACUCAAGCUGAUAUUAGUUACAAAUUGAAACGUGCAUCCAGCCAAGUGCAACGUACGUCCAUAACACCCGAUGCCCCAUGGAAACUUCAACAGGUGCAAGAUGCUGCAAAUCAUCUACAACAAGCUAUCAAUCAUAUUGAUAAUGUUGACGGCAAUUAUGCAUUCAAAUCUCGUGAGGAAGUGCUUCAAAUAAUUGGCGAAUUGAUAGGAGCUCUGCAGCGUGGUCGAACUAGUCUAAUAAUACCAAAGAAAAAGGCAAUAGAUGAACUUAUGAAGGGGCGAAAUAUGAAAUCGCUAACACCUAACCUACCAGAAGAUCAAGCAAUAUCCUUCUUUUUACAAUGCCACAAACUCAUUGUAGCUGUUUAUCAAUUGUUAAACGUUCAGGGAACUAUGAAAAUGGAGGCCACUCAGGCUGAAUGCUCAGUCGGUUGGCUUAACGAGGUGCUUGUGUUGUUCACUGUUGGCCUAACACUAUGCCAACAGCUCAAGGAUAAAAUUAAUGCAUUUAAAAUGGACGUAUCAAGUUAGUAAAUUACAUGCCAUCUUCAAUAUAUUUUGUUGAAAGUAAGUUAAUAUUCAUAUAUAUAUUAUGCCAAAGCCAACAUAAACAGUGUGCGGGUUCAAACCUUUCUAGUACUAUAAAAAAAACUAAGUACACCUACUAUAUUUAUAAUACCGCACAUGCAAGUAAUAUAUCAAUGGUUAGUUAUAAAUACGUACAUACAUAUCGGCAAUAGAAAAAAGGCAUGCUACAAAUAUAUAACUUCCAUUAGUUGUGGCGAUAAACCUAUACACUGUCACAGUCACAGUUACUAUGAUGAAGAAGGUGUUACAAAAGCGGGUGGUAACCAAACAAAUUUAUUGAUCUCAACCAGUUAAACAUAACUUGAGCAUUAUGUUAUUAUUUUUCGAAUUUCAACAUUCGGUUUUAGUAUUUUCAUUUUGAUUUAAAUAUGUUUUAAGAAAUAAAUAUUUUUUUUUUGGCUUUUGCUCACCACCCUGAAAGUUUAAUAAAAAUCAGAACUUAGCAAAUCUUUGGCAGUAAGUAUAUUUUGGGGCUUAGUUCGGCGUGUGUAGACAAGUAUGUAUAUUGCAAUCAGUUGAGGUUGUAAAAGUUUUUCAACUUUAUGACACUUAGAUUACAAUUAUCUUUACGUACUAGGCAUCGGUAAUAGUAAAGGGUAUAAACUUGCAUUAUGCAUUUUCUGUAUUUAUUUAUAUAAAAAAAUUUGCUGCUGUUUUUAUUCUCAUUUCUGCCUACAUUCUAUCUUUAAGUACAUUCUCUGAUGAAUUUUAAUAGUUUAGGAUUUGUUAAAAAAAAAUUAUAAAAUAAAUUUUUUUGAGGAAUAAUGUAAAUUUGUCCAUUCAUGAGAUUAUUAUAAAUUCCAGUUGGUCGCCUAAUAAUUUUUAUUGUAUAAAAUUUUAUAUUCCUAUGCAAUAGCAUUUUAUUUGAUCAAUAUGCUAUUUUUUUUAACAUGCUAUCCGCAAAAGAAAUGCAUAUUUGCAGACAAAAAAAUUCCCCAUAUAAUUUGUGGCAAUGUUGCCUAGUUCAGAAUUGAACAUAAUUCCGUUUAGUGUUUUCUCCUUCAAGGAAACGGAUUGAUAAAGCUUAUGCCUAGGUUUUCUUACGUGCGCUUUGGUUCCUUAUUAGCAAUAUAGCAAUAUACAUUUCUUCUUCCACACAGUCAAGCUGCUCCACAUCAUUUUAUUUUAGUUUUUUUAUGUGCGAAGCAUUUUUGGGCAAAAAGAAUUUAUAAUACAUACAAAAACUGAAUAUGUAUGGAUGUGUGUUUCACAAACUUAAUGCCACCUUCGAAAAUACUGCAAAAUUUUUUUAAAAAACUGUAACAAUAGUUGUGUGCACGUGGAUGUAUGUAUGAACACUUCUAGGGUGCUGCCGUUAGUAAUAUUAAGCUGCAAGAAGCAACAUAGUAUUUAUAAAAAUAUAUACGUAUGCAUGUCAGCAACAGCAAUAUGUAGUAGCAACGACAAAAGCAAAUGCAGUUAUCCAACUGAAAUUUAUUGGUUCAACAAAAAUUAAUAAUAAUAAUUAAACAAAAAAUUGACAAUAACUUCUAUUCUGCAACUUGCAAAAUUAAACCGUUAAAUAUACAAUGGCAUAGUAAUAUAAACGGGAUACUUUGCUCGUACUAAAUGUGCUAUAUUGAAAUAUAAAUAUUAUCAAAGUUCUAUUCAUAAUUACAUUUAAAAAUGUUGACUACAAUCGUUAUAAAAAAAGCGAAAUGGCGCCUAUUUCUCCAACUGGCCAUUUAGCGAAUUUAUUGCCUUUCAGUGAUUGUAUCAUGAAAAAUGUCGAACAAUUUAAUAUUAUGUAUAUUAUUCAUGUCUGCUAACAGUAUUUUGAAUUUUUACAAGUACUUACUACAUAACCUAAUUAGGUGUGCGAGUUAACGAGAGUUACUAACCUUACUUUAAUCAGCAAUGAAAAGUACGUGUGUUUCACGAUUUUUUUUUCGAAUUUCAAAAUGUAGUUCUAAGAUAAAAUGAAAGCCCAAACAGAAAUUUGGAAUCAAUUAUUCUUGAUUGCCUUGGAUUAAUUAGAUUAUUGAUGAAGCAAAAUUAAUUAUCUUUGCGUGUUUAUAAGAAAUUGGAAAAAUAUCCUUUAUCUCGCUAUUUACUUAAUAUAUAUGUAAGGCACUUUAAAUCUCGAAAGAAACCGAUUAACUACCUACUCAACUAAAUACCUGUAUACUUAAAUUUACUUAAGCGUAUUUAUUUACAACCAUAUGUGUUUUAAAAUAAAAUAGUAAAAAAAAAGAAAUUACGUUCUUUCGCUAGCAUUUAAGUAUUUAUUUACAUGCAACAUAAGUAAAUGAUUUAUGUAUGUCUCAUUAAGAGCGUGGAGCAUAGUAUAUCCCUUAAGAAGCUCCCAUUUUAAGAAUAAUAAAUGUUUAAAAAAAGCUCAUGAUAUACAACAAAUACCAUACAUACAAACAUGAUAA